AUGGAGAGCGGCGUGGCGCUGGUGGGGGCCUCGGCGGGGGCUUUCCGGCUGCUGAACGCGGGGCUGGAGCGGCUGGCGCCCUCUCCCGCGAGGGGAAAUCCGUGGAAGUGGCGCAACCUGUGGACCUCGUUGGCACACAGCCUCCUCAGCGGCGCAGGCGCGCUCCUCGGGUUCGCGCUGCACCCAAGCAUGGCCCAGGACCUCAUCGAGGGACACUCGCCCGCCUCGCACCGCCUCCUCGGGGUCUCUCUCGGGUACUUCCUGCAGGACUUUGUGGACAUGGCCAGCAACCAGACGCUGCAGCAGUGCUGGGAGCUGCUCUUCCAUCAUUCGGUGGUGAUCGUCUGCUUCGGCUUCGCCUUCCUCACCGGCCGCUUUGUAGGCUUCGCCAUGGUGGCCCUGCUGGUGGAGGUUAACUCGGUCUUUCUGCACCUGCGCAGCCUGCUGCGGAUGGCCGGCCGGGCCCCGGGGGCCGCCUCCUACCGGCUGACCCGCCUGCUCAACCUGGGCACCUACCUGGUCUUCCGCAUCAGCACCUUGGCUUGGAUGACGCGCUGGCUGGUGCUGCACCGGGAGAUUGUCCCCACGGGUCCCUACGCCCUUAGCCUGGUGGGCAUGUCCAUCAUGAUGCCCAUGAACAUCAUCCUCUUCUGCCGCCUCCUGCGCAGCGACUUCCUCUCCUCCGGGCAGCGGGAGAAGGACAAGUGACCGCCUGGGAAACGGGAAGGGCUGGAGGAUCUCAGGUGACCCUUCGCCAGCCAUCGGUCACAGCAAAGGUGUGACAUGACAAAGGCGGAGUUUCCAAAAUAGAGCCUCUCUAAGAGCAGGGCCCAGGGGACGAAGCUCUUUAUCGGAGAGAUCAAAAGCCCUUGCUAUUCCUUGGGGAGAAGUAGCAGGACAUCCCUAAAAAAAGCCAAAGAAUUCAAAUGGCAAAUUACCCGUAAUAAUAGUUAAUUAUCAGCAUUAUUAUUGAUCGCCAUCAUUAAUAAUUAAUCGUUAUUAUUGAUCACCAUCAAUAAUAAUUAUUUAUUACCAUCAUUAAUAAUGAUCAUUGAUUGCCAUCAUUAAUAAUGAUUAUUAAUAUUACUAUUAUUUCGUCACCAUCCUUAAUAGUAAUAAUUAUAACAAUAAAUUAUUAGUGAUGGCAAUAAACACAAAUUAAUGAUUUUUUAUAAUUAUUGUGGUAAUAAUGAUUAUGAUUCAUGCUUAAUAAUAAUGAUUAAUAAUAAUAGUUGAUAAUAACAAUUAUUUCGCUCAGAGAUAAAUGUGUGGUCGGUACAUUUCUCAAGGGAUUGGGAGAGACAGGCGAAAGGGCAGGGAUUUUGGGAGCCUGGCACCAAAAGUCGGGCUCUAUUAAGCUCUAUUGGGAAGCCGCCCAUUCACACGAAGUCCGUUUAUAGAUCUUUCCUUAACCCAAAACAGAUUGCUCUGCUCCUUCGCUCUCGUUGCCUCAAGACUGGGCUUUGGAGAAUUCAGGGAUACCAGCCGCCAUUGCCGAGCCUUUCCUUGAAGUUGAGGGCUGUGCCUUUAACCUGCUCAGAGCUUUUUAGAGGGGAAAUAAAUGCACACACAUGCUCCCUUUUUAUUAUUAUUAUUGUAAUUGUAAUAUAUAUAUAUAUAUAUUGGAUAACCAGUUGUAUUCAUAUGUUUAUACGGAGUAACAGUGAUAAUAAUUAAUAAAAAAAUUAAUUCUGAAAA